AUGGCCUCUUCUGAAGCACCAACACAACCAUCAGCAGAAGCUUCGACUCAAGAAUCUCAAACUCAAAGGAAUGUUAGGGCAAAAACCGAUAUAGCUUGGGGUCACGCUAAAAUUGUCCUAGACAGUGACAAAGAAAAACCACAAUGUAUCUAUUGUAACAAAGUUAUGAAGGGAGGUGGAAUUAAUAGAUUAAAGUUACACUUGGCUGGAGAAACUGGACAAGUCGAAGCAUGCAGCCAAGCUCCUGAAGAAGUCCGCUUUAAGAUGAAACAAAAUCGUGAAGAGACAAGGCUCAAGAAAAGAAAAACUGAACAUGCAAUAGGUAAUGAAGAGCAAACACAAAGAGAACAACCUAGGUCAGUGGUUGUUGCAUCUCAAAAGGGAACGAACAAUGGAAGCUUUGAUAAUUACUUUUUGCCUAGAACAACUCCUGGAUCACAGCCUACUAUAAAAAGUGUUUUGCAAACCAAGGAAGUUGUAGAAAAGUGUGAUCUUGCACUUGCAAAAUGGUUCAUUGCUGCAUCUAUUCCCUUCAAUGCAGCAAAUUCACCAUAUUUUCAGUCUGCGGUCGAUGCUCUUUGUUGCAUGGGAGCCGGAUAUAAAGCUCCUUCUAUACAUGAUUUGCGUGGUCCUUUGCUAAAUAAGUGGGUUGAUGAAACAAAGAAAAAGAUAGAGAAAUACCGUGAGAUUUGGAAGAAUACUGGUUGUACUCUUAUGGCAGAUGGGUGGACUGACGGGGUUAGGAGAACUCUGAUAAACUUUUUAGUUUAUUGCCCUAAAGGAACAGUUUUUAUCAAAUCUGUUGAUGCUUCAGGUGCUUCAAAAACUGGUGAGAUGUUGUUUAAGCUUUUCAAGGAAAUAGUGUUAUAUAUUGGCCCUGAAAAUGUUGUUCAGAUAGUGACAGAUAAUGCUGCAAACUAUGUUGCUGCUGGUAGGUUAUUGGAAAAAGAGUUCCCUGGCCUGUAUUGGUCUCCUUGUGCAGCUCAUUGCAUUAACUUGAUGUUUCAAGACAUUGGAAAAUUACCUGAAGUUAAAGAGGCAGUUUCACAUGCCACAAAUGUUACCAAGUAUAUAUAUAAUCAUUGCUAUCCAUUGUAUUUGAUGAGGAAAUUUACUCAUGGAAGAGAGAUACUUCGUCCUGCUCCAACUCGCUUUGCCACUAAUUUCAUUGCUUUGCAGAGUAUUUUGUCUCAGAAAAAUGCACUUAGAGCCAUGGUAACAUCUCAAGAAUGGACAACUUCUGCUUAUGCAAAAGAAGCCAAGGCCAAACAAUUUGUGGAACAAGUCUUGAACACUAACUUUUGGACUGCUUGUGCUGACAUAGUGAAACUCACAUAA